AUGGAUACACUGCGCAUGCUCGACAGGCUGUCCUACCACCUAGCAGGCCCCCACAGAAGAGCCUUCUACAACACUCUUUGCAAGUGCAUGGAAAAGGAGGAAAUAAAACAGAACGGCGAACACCUGGCCAGAGUGCAGACUAUGCAGAUGUACUGUCUCGCUGUGGACGGGCUAAUAGAGAAAGCAUCGAGCAUCUUUAACGACGAUCUGAAAAACAGAACAGAGCUCUUGGAGCCGUACAACAUAGAGCAGAUUAUGCUGAAGGAGGCCCUUCUCAUGUGCAAUCUUCUGGACAGGAUAGACACAAGCAAGCUCUCAGAAAAGGAAAGGUUUGAGAUAUUCUUGAUAAGUAAAAACUUUGACUCCUGCAAGACUUCUGCGAUCUCUCUGAUAAAGCACCACGGAAAGUACGCGAUGAUCCUUUAUCUCGUGCAGAACGACCUCAUGAGCUGUUCCAUUUCCACGCUCGCGCUUCUUCUAAACAGAAUCACCGUGACCAACUCGCUCAUUUCUCUUCUCAUCAGGAAGGGCGUGCCGUACUCUGUUGUCAGAAAAUACAUCAGGCCAGAAAAAGACGCGCACUUUCUUCUUCUCAUGAAAACCCUUCUUCUCGCAGGAGAGUCCAUUGUAGAGUACGGGUAUCCAAGCGCAAGCGCCCUGAUUAACGAGCUGGAUGACUGGGAGAUAUACGAAUACGCAAUGCAGAGCGGCAUCAGAAUAGAUGCACACUGUGCAGAAAGCCCUGUCAAAAACAAAAUUUUUCUAAAUAAAAAUUUUCACAUCCACCAAACAAAGUAUGCAAUGAUCACAAGCCCAACAGCAGCCAGCAUUGCAGCAUACAUCAAUGCAACAAGCGCAGUAGAUGCAUACACAGUCACUGCCAUGGCUUCACUGUCAGAGCACGAUGCAAAAGAUCUGGAGUCUCAUCUGUCCCCCGGCUCUCAGCGUAUGAUGAGCCUGUACAAUGGCACACCCAUCCUCUCCAGCGACAUCACAUCUCCUGGCGGUCUCCUGCUGGUCAUUGGGCUACUGCUCAGAAAUAAAUCAGAAGAGUCUUUGCUGGACGCUCUCGUCCUGUGCUACAUGCACAGAGACACAGGCUACUAUGUGCGAGUUGUGAUGUGCGUGCUCUUCAGAUACUUCUUUAUGUACUCCCAUCUCAUCAACAAUUUCAGCCUACUGGAUGCAGAGAACAUCCAAGUGGAAGGGCUGGGGUACCUUUGGAGCGACUUAGAAGUGCUGUUAGGGCUUGACCCAGGGAUACACGCAGUCUCCUAUAUGCACACCCGGUCCAGGGCCAUUGCUGACAUAAAUAACGGGUUUAUGAAGUUCAUUGAGGCAGAAGCAUAUUCGCAAAUCGAGCCACUUCUAGCAUACAGAGAUGCUCUGAUAGACUCGCCCAUACGAAAACAAAUAGCAACAAGAGAAUUGCAGAAAAGCGUCUCUAAGCCAGCAAUAGAGAAUAUUUUAAUCAGCGAAGCCAGACACAUAUUUACAAAAAUAACCAGCCCGCCUGCGGAAAAAGAGUGCAAGUUGCUGACCAUCCAGCAGAAACCAAAGGAGAUAGAUGCAGAAUGUAUCCGCGCCAUGGGAGAAGCAGCCAUUGAGAGGGUCAAAAAGUACACAAAUACAUCAACAGCCGACAGACUCAUAUCUGACCUAGUAGAAGCACAAAGUGCAGCAUACGCUGCUAUAGCAGAGAGAUAUAAGGAAUGCUACAGCAGCAAAAAGAGUUAA